UGAACAGCAGGUGGCGCCAGGCAUUUAUUUUGUUUUGGAAGCCUUAUACUACCCUGGCUCGUAGUUUUUCGCCUGCACUGGAGUGUCGAUGAUAAUUAAAAAAAAAAAAAAAAAAAAGAGCAGCAGUAAAAACCACAACCGCCUACCUCCUGUGUGCCUGCCUGCACUCACUUGCAACAGAGCUGUUCAAAAUGGCGGCAGCUUCCUCUUUCCAGUUGCCGUUGAUACACAAUUUAAACCGGAGAAAUUCCCCCGUACCGGACUCGGACAGCCCCGAGAACCGACAAGAUGAUGAACCAGGAGUCGAAGGACCCAGCCUACGAGUUUUAGCAGAUUUGGAGCCCGAAGAGAUCGAGAGGAGGUUGGAGAAAACUCGCCGGGAGCUCAGCAACAGGAGAAAAAUUCUCAUGAAGAACCUGCCACAAGACAUUAGUAACCAGGAAGUUCAUGACAUUUUAAAAGAAUAUGAGCUAAAAUACUGUUAUGUGGACAGAAAUAAAGGGACAGCGUUUGUAACAUUAUUAAACGGGGAGCAGGCGCAGGAUGCCAUCCGUAUAUUCCACCAGACUAAUCUCAGGGGAAGAGAACUCUCCGUCCAGCUUCAGCCAACAGACUCCUUGCUGUGCAUCACAAACCUGCCCCACACUUACACUCUGCAGCAGUUUGAGGAGUUGGUCCGCAUGUACGGGAACAUCGAGAGGUGCUUCCUGGCUUGCAGUGAAGUCACGGGACAUUCCAAGGGUUAUGGGUUUGUGGAAUAUAUGAAGAAGGACUCCGCCUCGAAGGCCAGGUCAGAACUGUUAGGCAGGCAGCUGGGGGAUCGCACUGUCAUGGUCCAGUGGACAGACGUCAACCAGCUGACUGCUGACAAUCUUCAUUCCAAGUGUCUUUGUGUAGAUAAACUUCCUUCAGACUUCAGUGACAGCGAAGAGCUGGAAGAAAUGUUCUCCAAAAUAAGCAAACCUGUUUUCUGCCAGCUUGCUCAGGAUGAAGGCAGCCCCAUUGGAGGCUUUGCCGUUCUGGAGUACGAGACUGCAGAGCAGGCUGAGGAAGUCCUGAGGGAAAUGGACAGGCAAGCGAUCGGAGGCAGUGAAGUCCGAGUUUCCUUCUGUGCGCCGGGGACUGCAGGCAGGAGCACGCUGGCCGCACUCAUUGCUGCACAAGGGGUGAUGGCUAACAAGAAAGGCCUUCUUCCCGAGCCUAGCAUUGCCCAGAUGUUAAACAGCAUGACUAACCCUGCUGCACUACAAGUCCUGAUGAGACCCUACCAUGCUGCCACUGCUGGUAAACCUCCUGGGAUUGUUGGUCUACCGCAAGGCAUGCCCUAUCUGCGCAGCCCACCAUUGACUGCAGCACUGCUGCAGCUUGGAAAAGUCCAGCAGCUUCCUUUCUUCCAGAAUGCCAUGCUUGGUAAUGGGCUGGUGUUGCAGAAUAUCUGGCGGAUGCAGCUUGCACAUCAACAGCUAGUUCAGCUAAAGGAAAAGCAGGCACACCAUGCAUCCAGCCUCUUUGGAGAUCCUUCCAGAGUGCUGCUGCAGAAGGCCAUGGGGAUGCGAGCCGCUCCUCCGGUGAAUAUGGGUAAAGGGCUUUUGGGAGACUCUCCUAACGGUUUGUCUUCAGAGGCAGGUCCGACAGCCCCUCAGACCCCAGGUGAGCAGGCUGGCAUGAUGGCGUACAUGUCCAGUCGACGACACCUGGGACACGCUGCCGUGGAGCAGGACAGGGGAGCCGAGACACAAGCCAGUGCCAUGGGGGGCUCAGCUGGGACCCCUCCAGGCGGACACGGCUAUCUUCAGGGCCUUCCAAAUCCCAUGGUGCUUGCAGGAGCACAAAAGCAGCAAAGUCUGCCAGGGAGCAAUGAAAGCAGCUCCACUGUAGGGACUGCGUCUAGCAGCCAGACGUCCCUGCUGGGAGAGCCACCUAAAGAACUGAAAGUGCCUUCCAACCCAUAUCUGAACAUGGCGAGCGUGCUUCCAGGCGUGCUUUUACAGGCUGCAGCUCCACAUGGCAGUAAGCCUCAAUCUGCUCAGCAUCACAGUGGAGUAGUUUACGGAUCUACACUGAAUCCUACAGUCUCUCAGACUUCUGGACCGUAUGCAGUGGAGAACACUACUGAUUAUUCUCAGCAAUACGGAGAAUAUUCACAGGAAGCCAUGCAGCAGUGGUAUCAGCAUUAUCAAGCGCAGGGCUAUGCCAGUAACUCCUCGGAGGCAGGGCUGGUCGAGUAUGGAAAGGAACAGACUGAGAUGUCUGCUUAUGCACAGCCAACUUCAAGCUCUUCAGACACUUACUACAACCAGGCGACAGCCACAGCAGCCUAUGGGGAUUAUAAUUCUUACAUGCAGGCUGUAUCUCAGUACUACUCUCAGACACACAUGGCCCAAGCAGCUUUACAAUCUGGUUAUCAACAAAGAGCAGCAAACAAGGAGGCAGACAUGGCCAAAGCUAUCUUGGGAACCUCGCUUCAGUGUGCUAGCAAUGGCAGUGUCAGGAGCACUCCCCAGUCCACUGCAAUGCCAGCGUACAACUCUGUAUCCUUGAUGUCUGGAUACGUGGUCGGACAGCCAACAGCAGCCAGCUCUGUGACCCCUUUACAAACUGGACGUGCUGGCUUAGACUGGAGCCAGUACUAUUAUAACAAUUCGAGGGGUCAGAAGCGAGAUUAUUCCCAUCUGCCAUCCCAAGAAGCAACACCAGAGGAAGGAUAUGUUGGUCAGCAUUCACAGGGGCUGGGGGGUCAAUAUGCAGACUUGUAUUUCAAAAAGAAGAGAAUUUAGAGGGAUUGCAGCACCGACGGUACCUCUUGGUAUUGUUUCCCCCAUGUGCUUUUUGGUACCUCUACUAAAGUUGCUGGUGUCUUUGUCCAUGCCUUAACUCUGAACUGUGUCUUCUCAGUUGAUGUUUAAAAUGAGAAACAUAUUUUCAAUGUAAAUGUGCAUUUUUAUAAUGCAUACUUGCCUCUUUUUGUAUGUGCAUUAAUGCAGAGACCUUAUUGCUGGUUACCGAAUGGGGCUUGUUUAUAAGUUGUCUCAAAAAAAAAAAAAAUAAUAAUAUUAAUUUAAAUAAUGGAAGAACUCAAACCUGUAUAAAUUUCUACUUUUAAUAAACGGUGUAAUUUGCUCAA